AAAUGGUUCAAGCAGCGCCUGGCAGAGUGGAGGAAGUCUGAAGGGCUGCCCUCCGAAAGCGGGUCCGUCAGGGACUAG